UCAGCUGAAACUGUUGUCACCUGAUGGGAAGCAGUGCAUUUCGCAGCGUUUCAGAGGUUUAGUAAAGAUUUCUAAAUGGUUUGGGGCAAAAUGGAGUAACAGAACCCACAAUAUCAAGCUGCCUUGGGUGUGAUUAGUGACUCUGCUUCACCACAAUGCCUUUGACAGCAUUUGUUGUCAGCGGGGUGCAGAAGCUGGUUCUGUAUGAGACAAGGGCCAGAUAUUUUCUUGUGGGGAGUAAUAAUGCUCAAACCAAGCACCGUGUCUUAAAGAUUGACCGCACUGAACCGCGGGACCUGGUUGUUAUUGAUGAUAAGCAUGUAUACAGUCAGCAGGAGUUGCGGGAGCUUCUGGGGAGGCUGGAUCUGGGAAACCGUACAAAGAUUGGACAGAAGGGCUCUUCUGGGCUUUCCAGAGCUGUGUCUGCUUUUGGCAUUGUGGGCUUUGUCCGUUUCCUAGAAGGUUACUACAUCAUUUUGAUCACCAAACGUCGCAAAGUGGCAGACAUCGGGGGUCACUCCAUCUAUAAGAUAGAAGACACAAAUAUGAUCUACAUCCCUAAUGACUCGGUGAGAGUUACACAUCCAGAUGAGGCCAGAUACUUGAGGAUGUUCCAAAAUGUUGAUCUGUCUAGUAAUUUCUAUUUCAGUUACAGCUAUGACCUGAGCCACUCACUGCAGUAUAACCUGACGUUGCUGCGAAUCCCUUGUGAACCAGCAGAAGUAGAGGGGCUCCACUCCAGCUGCAGUAAACAGGACAGCUUUGACAUUUUUGAGGACGAGGGCCUCCCUACACAAGUGGUCCAUGGCUUAAAGAACGAACCCUAUGCUAAAUAUGUAUGGAACAGUCGUCUGCUAGAGAGGAUUAAGGAUACAGUGCAUCCAGACUGGCUCAUGUACAUCAUUCACGGGUUCUGCGGACAGUCUAAGUUGCUUAUCUACGGACGGCCGGUUUAUGUCACCCUUAUUGCUCGGCGCUCUAGCCGCUUUGCAGGAACACGCUUUCUCAAGAGAGGAUCCAACUGUGAGGGUGACGUGGCGAACGAAGUGGAGACAGAGCAGAUCAUUCACGAUGCCUCAGUGAUGUCUUUCACGGCAGGCAGUUACUCCUCGUACGUGCAGGUGCGAGGCUCUGUACCUCUCUACUGGUCUCAGGACAUAUCCACCAUGAUGCCGAAACCGCCAAUACGGUUGGACCAGGCUGACCCAUAUGCGCAUGUUGCUGCACUUCACUUUGACCAGAUGCUGCAGCGGUUUGGCUCUCCAAUUAUAAUCCUCAACCUUGUAAAGAAACGAGAGAAGAGGAAACAUGAGAAGAUCCUGAGUGAGGAGCUCUACCGAGCCAUCAUCAACCUCAAUCAGUUUCUGUCUCCUGAGCACUGCAUUGACUACAUCGCCUGGGACAUGGCUCGUUACACUAAGAGUAAACUCUGUAACGUGUUGGACCGGUUAGGGAUGAUUGCUGAGAAUGUAGUGAAGCGGACUGGAUUCUACAUCAACCGAUCCGAUUUCCACUGUCACACGUUACGGCCAGAUGAAAGAUGGGGUGAUUUAGGAGGACUGGUGGUUGCUCAUGGCAGACUACAGACUGGAGUUUUAAGGACUAAUUGUGUGGACUGCCUUGACCGCACAAACACUGCUCAAUUUAUGGUGGGCAAAUGUGCCCUGGCAUAUCAGCUUUAUGCUCUCGGGAUGAUUGAUAAGCCAAAACUACAGUUUGACACAGACUGUGUCAGGUUGUUUGAGGAGCUGUAUGAGGAUCAUGGGGACACAUUGUCUCUGCAAUAUGGAGGCUCUCAGCUGGUUCACAGAGUGAAAACAUACCGCAAGAUAGCCCCAUGGACACAACACUCCAAAGAUAUCAUGCAGACACUUUCUCGUUACUACAGCAAUGCCUUCUCAGAUGCAGACAGGCAAGAUGCCAUAAACCUCUUCCUACAGGUGUACCAGCCUUCUGAGUCCAAGCCUCAUCUUUGGGAACUGCCUACAGACUUCUAUCUCCACCAGAGCAACACCAUGGCUCUACCCCAAGAAAGACGCAGUUACACAUAUUGGUGGUCAGAUGGUGUGCUAUCCUACCUGCCGUUACCGUAUGAUGAAGUUCCAUGUGAGAAGAACAAGAAGAAGGUUUUGGUGAAACGAGUGAACCGGUAUGAGGAGAGCACAGACAUGUACACAGAAUUCUUCAAGCCCUAUGAGCUCACCUCAUUUGAUGAUACGUUCUGUAUCGCCAUGACCAACUCUGCAAGGGAGUUCAUGCCAAAGAGUGUUGGACUUGAUCCCAGCCCAUUCACAGUGCGCAAGCCAGAAGAGACUGGGAAGUCAGUCUUAGGUAAUAAGUCUAAUAAGGAGGAGGCGGUACUGCAACGCAAGACAGCAGCUAGUGCUCCUCCUCCACCCAGUGAAGAACAGAUUUCCAGCAGCUCUGAGGAUGACUCUGAGGAAGAUCGCGAAGAUGACGCCACUGCCUCCCAGCGCUCCACACCAAUCAAAAUCGGCGAGUCAGGCGACAACGUCCGUACACAGGAGGAGCAUCAGCAGCAGCCAGCCAGAGAGACAUAUGGACUGAAUCUGUCUGCUUUACCCCGAGAUGAGGACUUUUUCAUAUACCACAGGUUUGCCCACCUCGGCCAAAACCAGCACAAAGUAGAGAGAAAAGACCAAUCAACGGACCUCCAAAAGACUCUGGAAAAUGUGAUUAGUCUAGUUCCGGUGUCAUCGUUUGACGGAGACAGUAUUUACGAGAUGUUGCCUCCUCGAGUUGACCUGGAGAGCCGGAACUUGUUCGAGAACCACAUUCAUGCAGGCCAAGGGCUAAUAAGACCACUGUGCAGAGAAGAUCUCCUCCUUUAUCGCGAGUAUCUCAAAAACAGAUACAUGUGAUUGUUAGUCACAUGUUCCUUCAUUGUCAUUUCAACAGACAGUGGGUGGAAGGCUUUGUGUGAUAGCACCUAUUAAUGUCUACACUGUAAUUUAAAUUUAGAGUUUCUUGAUUUACUUCAGCUAGACCCUGGAAGGUCUUGGCAGAAAUAGCAUUUUUCACUAACGUUCCUUAUUAAAAAAAAUAGAAUAACAAUGGUUUCCCAGCACCCAAGGGCAAGUUUCCCAAAUCCAUUGAAGCUCAAUGAAUCAUUGGUAAGUGGGCGAGUGACUGUCAGUCUGAAUGCUCUCUCUACUGUCUUGUGAUUAUUAUGCCAUGUACCGUGAUUGUACAAGUACAAAUAGAUCCCAUAAUAGUUUAGCAAGACAGUCUGGAGUUUAAUUUUUAGAUUAAUUCUCUUUUUACUUCAUCACAUUCAUUUUUUUUUUUUAUAUUGAAAGUGUUGAUUUGUAUAGCAGCACAUAAAUGGAUAUCGGACUUCAUAUCAUGCUAGUCUAUUUUGCAUACCAGCUGUUCCUGAUUCUUCAAAUCAUGCUGUUUUUUUCUUCUUUUUUAAUAUGUUGAUUAAAUUAAUUAAUAAGGCUACAUGACCUUUACAUUAGCCUUUCAUAAAGUUGCUCAGUUCAGGGAGCUGCUUUUGUCCAUUUUUUGUCCAAGUCAUUUCACAACCGGUGUUAAGACAAUUGACCCUUAUUGGAAUAAGCCUUUAAACUUGUCUAUAUGGGUUUAUGUCAGUUGUCAUGAAAAGUUUGUAAGUGUCAUGUAGCCUAAUGAAAGCAAAUGAAAGCUUUCAAUAAUUUGUUCCCACUUAAAUAUAAUGACUGUCUGGUCUUAGUUAUACAGGCUGAUGUAUAGACCAUUGCACCUCUUAACUUUUGUAUUUUUAAUUUGCCUUAAUUAUUUAUUUUGUGUUGUUUAUAUUGUCUUCUGUUCACAAUGCUUGUGUCUGAUGUGUUUGUGUAAGUUGUCUUGGCUGAAUGACCUCCUGUAAGUUCUGUGAAAACAUUGCAUUUAUGUGUUUAUUAAACACUUCUCUGAGAAA